AAAAGAGAUCAGAAAAUCAUCAGUUGACGAGCAACGAAGUGAAGGUGGGAGGGACAUGCUGCCGCUAGUGAUAAGCACGAUUGGCACUUCCAUAAUCAUCGUCGUCGUCAUCAUUCACUCCAACCCAUUUCACCCCCCCCCUCUCUCUCUCUCUUCCUUUUUUUUACCCUCUAAAAUUCUUCUUCUUCAGCCCCACUUUCUUUUUCUCUCUCACUUUCCUUCUUCUCGUCCCCCUGCCUUUUUCCGCUGGUCUGGUCCUCCAAAAUUUUCAUAGGGAUGCUUUCUUUUAAUAUCCUUCGUUAGAUUGGAUCUGGGUUCUCCUUCGUUCCGUUUUCCCCCUUCAUUUCCAGAGGGUUCUGUUGCCUGAUUUUCCCCAAGCAACACCGUAGUUAGCGACGUGAUUGAGCUCAAACUGUUCGAAUUUAUGUGAAAUGUUGUGCUUUGUCAACCACAUUGUAUCGAAGUUCGGAACUUUGCCAUAGUGGUGAAAAUCAAUUGGUUAAAGCUGCAAAAACAGAAUGUCUGUUUCCAUGAAAGAUUUGGAUCCAGCUUUCCAAGGAGCUGGACAAAAGGCUGGGCUCGAAAUAUGGCGCAUUGAGAACUUUCUUCCUGUUCUUGUGCCAAAGUCUACUUAUGGAAAGUUUUUUACAGGGGAUUCCUAUGUGAUCUUGAAGACAAUUGCCUUAAAAAGUGGUGCUUUGCGCCAUGACAUCCAUUAUUGGCUUGGUAAAGAUACCUCUCAGGAUGAAGCUGGUGUGGCAGCGAUCAAGACAGUCGAACUUGAUGCAGCUCUUGGAGGACGUGCCGUUCAGUAUCGUGAAGUACAGGGUCAUGAAACUGAAAAGUUCCUAUCCUAUUUUAAACCAUGUAUCAUACCUCAAGAAGGUGGGGUUUCAUCAGGAUUCAAGCAUGCUGAGGCUGAAGAGCACAAGACACGCUUGUUUGUCUGUAAAGGAAAACAUGUUGUCCAUGUAAAAGAGGUUCCUUUUGCUCGAUCUUCUCUCAACCAUGAUGACAUUUAUAUUCUGGAUACCAAGUCAAAAAUUUUCCAAUUUAAUGGUUCCAACUCAUCCAUUCAAGAGAGGGCUAAAGCAUUAGAAGUUGUUCAGUACAUUAAAGAUACAAAUCAUGAUGGGAAAUGUGAGAUAGCUGCAAUUGAGGAUGGAAAGUUGAUGGCUGAUGCUGAAACUGGAGAAUUUUGGAGUUUCUUUGGUGGCUUUGCUCCACUUCCUAGGAAAGCAGCUAGCGAUGAGGACAAUACUGUUGAUUCACAUCCUACUAAGCUACACAGCAUUGAGAAGGGGAAGGCAAAACCUAUUGAGGCUGAUUCUUUGACAAGGGACUUGCUAGACACAAAUAAAUGCUACUUACUUGAUUGUGGGAUAGAAGUGUUUGUAUGGAUGGGGAGAAGUACCUCUCUUGAUGAUAGAAAGAGUGCAAGUGGAGCUGCAGAAGAGUUAGUCCAUGGCCCCAAUCGACCUAAAUCUCACAUCAUUCGUGUAAUCGAGGGAUUUGAGACAGUGAUGUUCCGCUCCAAGUUUGAUUCAUGGCCUCAGACAGCUGACGUAGCUGUGUCAGAGGAUGGUAGGGGCAAAGUUGCAGCACUGCUAAAGCGCCAAGGUGUUAACGUGAAGGGUCUGUUAAAAUCUGAUCCAGUUAAGGAAGAACCUCAGCCAUACAUUGACUGCACGGGGAAUCUACAGGUUUGGCGUGUGAAUGGCGAGGAAAAGAUUCUACUUCCAGCUUCUGAUCAAUCAAAGUUUUACAGUGGAGAUUGCUAUAUCUUUCAGUAUUCAUAUCCAGGAGAAGAUAAGGAAGAAUACCUUAUUGGAACAUGGUUUGGAAAGCAGAGCGUUGAGGGUGAAAGGGCUUCAGCUACUUCACUGGCAAGCAAGAUGGUUGAAUCAUUGAAGUUCUUUCCUUGUCAGGCUCUCAUCUACGAGGGAAAUGAGCCCAUUCAGUUCUAUUCAAUCUUCCAGAGCUUUAUUGUUCUCAAGGGCGGUCUAAGUGAUGGAUUCAAAAAUUGCAUUGUGGAGAAGGGAAUUCCAGAUGAUACAUAUAAAGAGGAUGGUAUUGCGUUGUUUCGUGUCCAGGGCACUGGACCUGAUAAUAUGCAAGCAAUACAAGUUGAAGCAGCUGCAUCAUCUUUGAAUUCUUCCUACUGUUAUAUUUUACAUAGUGACUCAGCCGUCUUUACAUGGUCUGGAAACCUCACAACAUCAGAUAACCAGGAGCUGGUUGAGAGGCAGCUUGAUCUGAUAAAGCCAAAUGUACAGUCCAAAACCCAAAAGGAAGGUGCCGAAUCUGACCAGUUUUGGGCUUUGUUGGGAGGGAAAUCUGAAUACCCCAGCCAAAAGAUUGUCAGGGAUGCUGAAAGUGAUCCUCACCUAUUUGCUUGCAAUUUCUCAAAAGGAAACUUGAAGGUGACAGAGAUAUACAACUUCACUCAGGAUGAUUUGAUGACUGAAGAUAUAUUCAUUCUGGAUAUUCACUCAGAGAUCUUUGUCUGGGUUGGUCAACAAGUUGACUCUAAGAAUAGAGCGCAAGCUUUAACUAUUGGGGAGAGUUUUCUUGAGCAUGAUUUUCUUCUAGAAAAGUUAUCUCGUGAAGCUCCGAUAUAUAUUGUCAUGGAAGGGAGUGAGCCGCCUUUCUUCACACGGUUAUUUGAAUGGGACUCUGCAAAAUCUGCUAUGCUUGGGAACUCAUUCCAAAGGAAGCUUACCUUGGUAAAAAGUGGGGGUACUCCAACUGUUGAUAAACCCAAACGGAGAACACCAGUAUCUUAUGGAGGAAGGUCUAGCGUUCCAGAAAAAUCACAGCGUUCCAGAAGUAUGUCUUUUAGCCCUGACCGAGUUCGAGUAAGGGGCAGGUCUCCAGCUUUCAAUGCACUAGCAGCUAAUUUUGAGAACCCUAAUGCCAGAAACCUUUCUACUCCACCCCCUGUAGCAAGAAAGCUCUACCCAAGAUCUGUAACCCCAGAUUCGGGAAAUCUGGCUUCCAAACCCUCAGGUAUUGCAACACUAAGUGCCACUUUUGAACAGCCUCCACCAGCACGAGAAGCUAUCAUUCCUCGAUCUCUUAAGGUGAGCCCAGUGACCCCCAAACAAAAACCAGAGGCAAAUGAUAAGGAGAACUCUAUAAGCAGAAAAUUAGAAUCGCUGACCAUACAGGAGGAUGUGAAAGAGGGUGAAGUUGAAGAUGAGGAAGGUCUCCCAGUAUACCCUUACGAACGCCUUAAAAUAACGUCAUCAGAUCCUAUUACCGAGAUUGAUGUGACCAAGCGAGAGACGUAUCUGUCUUCUACCGAAUUCAGGGAGAAAUUUGGGAUGACAAAGGUUGUUUUUUUCAAGUUGCCCAAGUGGAAACAGAACAAGCUCAAGAUGGCCCUUCAAUUAUUCUGAGUCUCCUUUAUCCCCUGAUUUUUUCUUCGGCUCCCUGCAGUUUUAGGUUGCAGUGGGGAACACAAUCUCAGGAGUGAAAGGGACAGCAUCAGUGCAUUUUUAGCUGCUUCUGCUCCCAAGAAGCUUGUUUCAAUGGAGGAUGGACAGAAUCAGAGAUUUUCACUACACCUCUUUUCCCCCUUUCUGGUGGUUUGAAUAUCUAUUUUAGUUUCUUUGUUGAGUUAGCUGCUUGGUAUUCUUUUUGGUCACAGGUUUGUUGUGAGUUUGCAUUUUUGUUUUUCUUCUUCGUUUUCAUUGUUGUCGAUUCAAAAUUUAUUUCGAUAGAGCAAUGAAUGCAGUCUACUUAGGUUGUAUUGGUAGCUGAGGAUGGAAGUGUGUGCAGCAGAGUAUAAAAAACCAGUAUACUUGUUUAUUUGUUUUGACAAUAAAGUGUGAUUUUUGUCUUCU